GACUCCUGGGUCCCAUCCCCUCUCUCUCCAUCACCCCCAGGGCCAUGAUAACCUGUAUGAUGACCCGUACCAGCCAGAGAUGGAGCCCCAGAGUUCAUCGGCUGCCCGGCGCCGUGCAUACUGCCGCAACCGGGACCAUUUCGCCACCAUCCGCACGGCCUCGCUGGUGACCCGGCAGAUCCAGGAGCACGAGCAGGACUCGGCGCUGCGGGAGCAGAUGAGCGGCUACAAGCGCAUGCGGCGCCAGCACCAGAAGCAGCUCAUGGCGCUGGAGAACAAGCUGAAGGCGGAGCUGGAUGAGCACCAGCUGCGCCUCGACAAGGAGCUGGAGGCCCAUCGCAGCAGCUUCAGCGCCGAGGCCGAGAAGCUGGCCAAGAAGCACCAGGCCAUCUUCGAGAAGGAGGCCAAGGCGGCGCUGGCCGAGGAGAAGAAGUUCCAGCAGCACAUCCUGGGCCAGCAGAAGAAGGAGCUGAGUAACCUGCUGGAGUGCCAGAAACGCCAGUACAAGCUGCGCAAGGAACAGCUCAAGGAGGAGCUGCAGGAGAACCAGAGCACCCCGAAGCGGGAGAAGCAGGAGUGGCUGCUGCGGCAGAAGGAGAACAUGCAGCACUACCAGGCCGAGGAGGAGGCCAACCUGCUGCGGCGGCAGCGCCAGUACCUGGAGCUGCAGUGCCGCCAGUAUAAGCGCAAGAUGCUGCUGGCCCGUCACAACCUGGACCAGGACCUGCUGCGCGAGGACCUGAACAAGAAGCAGACGCAGAAGGACCUGGAGUGCGCCAUGCUGCUGCGGCAGCACGAGUCGACGCAGGAGCUGGAGUUCCGGCACCUGCACACGGUGCAGCGCACCCGCACCGAGCUCACCCGCCUGCAGCACCAGACCGAGCUCAGCAACCAGCUGGAGUACAACAAGCGCCGCGAGCAGGAGCUGCGCCAGAAGCAUGCCAUGGAGGUCCGCCAGCAGCCCAAGAGCCUCAAAGUAGGUGUCGCCCGGGGGCCCCGCCCGCGCAGUCUGGGGGGCCCGCAGCCGGACGGACAGGAGGCUUGGGCCCUAAAACCAGCCCUGGGAGGCCUCGAGCCGAACAGGCAGGAUAGCUGGGAUUUAGAGCCAGAUGGAGAGGAGGCAGGAGUUCUAGAGCACAAGAGCUUGGGGGUUCUGGAGCCAGACGGUGUGGAGGCCAUGGUUGCAGAGCAGAAGAACCUGGGGGUUCUAGAACCAGAUGGCGAUUAUGAUGUGGUUCUAGAACACAGGAGCCUGGAGGCUCUGGAGCCUGAUGGAGAGGAGUCUGAGGUUCUAGAGCGGGAGAGCCUGGGACUCAUAGAGCCAGGCCUCAUGGCCUUGGGGGUUCUAAAGCCGGAUGGCCAGGAGGCUGAUGUUCUAGACCUGGAAGCUCUGGAGCCGGACGGGCAGGAGGCAUCCCUAGAUACUGCCCUGGGGGCGCUAGAGCCAUCCACCCCCUGCCAUCUCCCCGGCGUGUUGCCCCUAAUCCCGGGGGAGGGGGAGGGGCUGCGGGGCCCAGGCGACGGCUGCCCUGCCCCUGAGGACCCCUAUGUGGAGCCACAGCACAGCUGGGAGGAGGCAGCCAGGCCAGCUCCGACCCCCUUGGCGCCCCUGCUGCCCCACGCCAUGUGCGCGGGGCUGGCGCUGCUGCUGGCUGCCUACCCCAGUGGGCCAGUGCUGUUGCUGCUGCUGGCGGCGCUGUGGGCCCAGGGCUCGGGCGGAGGGGCCCAGGCGGUGCUGCUGGCCCUGGAGGGGGCGCUGGUGGGGCUGGGCGUCUCCUAUGCCCUGCUCCACUCACUCUUCCUGCUCUCGGGCCCCUCGUUCCUGGCCCUGGCCAAGGGGGCGGGGGCGCUGGGUGUGCUGGGCCUGAGCGCCAGCCGGGGUCGGCUCUACGUGCCCGUCAUCCUGCUGGCCUCCCACCUGCUGGCCUCGCCCUGGCUCUUCCUGCUGCUCUACCUGCUGAUGGUGCUGGCCCGGGGUGCCCUGCGGGGGCUGCCCUCCCGCACCCGCCGCCUCUGGCUGCGCCUCCUGCUGGGCCUGCCGCUGCCCGCCUUCCGCAUGCUGCAGGGCCUGGGGCUGGUCACCGAAGGCAGCCUCUUCCGCCUCUUCCCCAAGACCAACAAAGGCGGCUUCCGCAGCCGGCUGCCCGUGCCCGCCCCUCGCCCCGCCCCCCGCCCCGCCCCGCCUGCCUGGUCCCGCCGCGCCCUGGCCCUGCUGGCCCGGCCCGUGCGUGCCCUCAACCGCCGCCUGCUGCAGCUGGCGCGGGAGCUGAGUGCCCACCUGCCCCCGGCUGCCCUACACCAUCUCAAGGGCCUGCGGGUGCUGCGAGAGGAGCGGCCCAGCCUCAUCCCCCGGCUGGCGGGCAGGGGGCGCCGUGGGCAGGGCUGCAGGGCUGGCCCCAUAGUCCGGGGGGGCCGGGCUGCCUCUGGGGGGGCACGGCGCAGCACCCCAGGGGACCCCCGUGCAGCCCGGCGGCCCUGGAGGUGAGGGCACCCGCCCCCCACACCUGUUCUGGGCUUGGGAACCAGCCAUGCCUCCGUGCUGGCCAGUGAUUGGCUGGGUGUGAACAGGCCCCACCCCUUUCUUGUUGGGGGGGGCUGUGAGGGAGGGUCUCCUCGUCCUUCCUCUCUGUGCUGGGAUCCAUCUGAAUGCAGGGGUGGGACAGCUUGGGUCUCCUUCCCCAGCCCCCUAACCAGAGCACAGGUUGGGGGAGGGCCCCAGGCCUCCCCAGAACCCACAGCAGGGUGUCCCAUGCUACUGGGCUUCUCUGGGCAUCCCCUGACAGAGCGAGGGGGUGGGGGGGACGUGACCCUGAAGGCAGGCAGCCUCCAUGGCCCAGAAGGGGGGAGAUGUGGCCCCGAAGGCAGGUGACCCCCCCAUAUCCCAGCUGGGGGAAUGUGACCUCGAAGGUAGGCGACCACCAUGGCCCAGUGUGGGAGAUCUUGUGGGGCUGUGGUUUGCCAAGGGCACUGGACCCCACUCUGGUUGCUCUGUGUAGAGGGGCAGUGCUGGGGGGUACAGCUGCAGUGUCUGCUCUGGAGGAAAGAAUCACCUAACGCUGCCCCCAGGAGCCAGGGGGGGGCAGUGGAGAGGCCCUGGAGGGAAGGGCAGCAGUUGGGUGACUGGAGGGGAGACUGGGGGGGAUGAGACCCCUUCACCAAGGGGUGCUGCUAUUGGGGUCAGUGGUUUGUAUUUGUCUCUGAGCCGGGGACCACAGCCCCCCCCGGAAAUGCUGUCCAACCCCCUGGGGGAGGGGCUCCAUUCUCAGCUAGUCUCAGGCCCCACAACACUAUCCGCCCCCCUCAGAAAUAGAGGGGGCUCCCAUCCGGCCACAGGCGCCAGGGGAAAGUGCGUUUCUGCUCCCAGCUUCGAGGGGCGGCCCCAGGUGAUUCUUUCCCCGGUGACCGUUUUGAUUUCAUUUCCCAUCUCUGUAACCUCCCACUCCCGUCGGGGGAGAUGUGAACAUAUUUAUUUCAGAUGCCUUUACAUUUUGUGUGUGUGCAUUUUUUUUAUGUAAGUGAUCAAACAUAUUAAUUUUUGUUUGUUUUGGGGUAAAUCUGUGAUAUUUCUUUUUUUAUUUGACUGAAAACAGGAGAAAUAAAAUAAAAAUAAUCACAGAUUUCCCAAAAAUGGGAGAGUCGAAAUCUUCUUUUGUGUUAAAUUAAUUUCUUAUCAAUUGGUUGGGGGAAGGUGAAACCUUUACUUUCCUUCAAAUCCUUCUCCCCCCCCCCCCCCCCCGUGGGUUUUGGCAACUCUGGGAUAACACUGAUUUCAUCUGUGCAGUUUUAGAAAAUCUCAUCGGUAUUUUUGUUGGAGCCUUUAUUUAUCACAUUGGUAGGAGUGAAUUUAGAAGGAGUUUUCUUCCUGUUUGAGGACCAAUUAUGAAUAUUUUAUAUUUGCUCCAGUUUAUGAAAUCUGGGAUAAUUUUUUAUUUUUCUUUAGUAUAUUUAAUCUGGUAUAUUUACUUCUGUUUCCAAGGCAAAUCGUUUUUUGUCCUUGUUAGAAUUUAUUUUUCCUCCUGCCAGUAGUGAAUUUAGAAAUCCCCCAGCCCCAUUCAGUAAAUUCAGGAAUUUUCUUCAUUUUCCCCGUUUUGGGCAGAAAUCUCUGAUUUUUAUUCUAUUUACCUUGUUUUUGCUGAAUCUGACCUGGUUUUUGUUUCUUUUUGUUUUGUUUUGUUCCAUUUUGGGGAAAGUUGCAUUUCACCAGCAUGUAUUUUUAAAUCUCAUUUGUCCAAGUUUUGAUCCAUCCCUUCAAUAUUUUGGGGGGUUUAUUUUCUCCGUUUUUUAGCGUAGCUACUAUUAUCCCUCGAGCAGCUGAAAACCAAGGAGGGGUCAUUUCUCUUAGAUCAUCUAAUCUGAUCUCUUGUGUGUCCAAGGAAAGCAAAUUUCAGCCAUCCCAGGGCCCUGUUCCAGAAAAGUCUGUUGUAUUUGUUUUCUAGUUCAACUAGGAAUUAAUUCAGGGCGACUUGACGGAGCUCAGACAAGAUGCUCAGAAGAGUUCCCUUCAGUCUGAAAAUGGAUUAAUCUUUUCUUCCCUCCUUUUUGUAUUUGGUAUUUUACUGGUUGGUUUUGUUGCUUUAUUUUCCCUGGCGCUCUCCCAUCUUUUACAAAUUGUAAUUUUUGUAUUUAAUUUCCCCAGUUUUGGUCCAUGUUGUUUAUUUUGAUUUGCCCGUUUUGCUGCAAAAUCGAUGGGUUUGAUUUGAUUGGCUGCAUUGGUAGCCCAGUUUCUAGUUCACGUAAAAAUAGGACCAGGAUUGGCCCAAAAUUGGAGCAAUACGUUACUAAGCUUGAACAAACCCUGGAAGAACUGUAUUUCACCAAUUUGGGGUGGAUUUCUCCCAGUUCUGGGCCCCAGGUGGGUGACAUCUAACGAUUUUUAGUCGAUUUUUAUCGGUUUGUGGGCAUACAAUUGGUGCAAGGUGGCUCUCUCCAUUUUCGGCUGAUUUCUGUCCAGGUUUGAGCAGGCAAUUGGUGCCGCGGGAUGUUUUUAGCUGAUCUGGAACUAGGGGUGUUGCUUUUUACCUAGGGUUGGACCACAGUGCCAUGGGUGGCGCCUGCCCCGGCUGUUCGAGGGGGCUAGUUCCGAUGGCUCCCGUUUUUGGUGACUGUUUGCCCCACACCCUGCCUGUGUGCUCCAUACAUUCAUUUUUUUACAUUUUGGCUUCCUCUGUAUUUGGUCUGACGUGUGCUUAUUUUGGCUCCUUGCCACCUUCAAUGAAAGACGGCCGCUUGCAGGGCGCCCAGACCUGACGAGCAUCUGGUCGUUACUGGGAGCUGAAACGCAUCUCUUCCCCUCCCCUCUACCAGGCCCCCGAGGCAACCUGGGCACAGGGCAGGCCCCCCCUCACACAGCUCCUAGGCAGGGCAAAGGUCACAUGCGUCUGCCAUGGGGGAAAUUGGGGGGCGGUCACUGGCAGCACAAAGGUCACGUCCCCGCCAUGGGGCAAAUGGGGGGGUCACUGGCAGGGCGAAGGUCACAUGUCCCUGCCAUGAGGCAAUGGGGCAGAUUGAGGGAGGGGAGCACUGGCAAGUCAAAGGUGACAAGCCCCGGCCCUGGGAUGAUGGGGGCAGAUUGUGGGGGGUCACAGACAGGGCAAAGGUCACAUGCCCCGGCCCUGGGAUGAUGGGGGCAGGGUCAUAGGCCGGGCAAAGGUCACAUGCCCUGGCCCUGGGAUGAUGGGGGCAGGGUCACAGGCAGGGCAAAGGUCACAUGCCCUGGCCAUGGGAUGAUGGGGGCAGUCAGAAAGGUCAAAGGUCAUGUGCUGCAUGAUGGGGCAGGUCAUGGGGUCACAGGCAGGGCAAGCAUCAGCGAGCCCCAGACAUGCCAUAAGCAAAGGCCCCCCCAGCCCUGAAUGCAGCAGAACAUAUGGGUCUCAGCCCCUGUGGGCAAGGCAAGGCGGAGGGCACCAUCCAGGUGCUCAUGGGAGGGUUCAGAGCUGCCUGUUCUCGUGCCUCGGCCCCCGCCUGCCAGGGGGUGUCGGGAGCAUGACGCGGACACGCCCACUCCAGGCCAGCCCCGGUGUCUGUCUCGCUAACGUUUGCUCCUGUCUCUCUCCUCCCGCCCCGCGGCCCCUGCCCCGCG